AUGGCGGAUAAGUCCGCAUUCGUACCUGUAGAGGCCGUUACGGAUAGGAAAGGCUCCGCUGAAAACGAAGCCGACAUCGAUGCUGAAUUAUUCGGAAAGAAGGUGGAUGCAAAAUCGCCAGCAAAGGAGGCGCCACCGCCACCGCCACCACCUCCACCUCCACCGCCGCCGCCGCCGCCACCGCAGCCGUCCGCAAGACCAAAAUAUCAGUACAAAAAGUCAACCACCUAUCACAAGUCAUAUGCGUAUGCUAGAAAGUAA